AUGGCCACACGAAACUACUCUCUUGUCUCCCUCCUCGUCCUCCUCUAUGUGUUCACGUCACACGCGCAGCUGACGGCGAACUUCUACUCGUCGAGCUGCCCCAACCUGGAGUCAAUCGUGCAAAGUGCCACGGAAACGGCCGUCAGGAGCAACUCCCGCACGCCCGCCUCCCUGCUCCGCCUCUUUUUUCACGACUGCUUCGUCCAAGUAACCUCACGCACAAACUCUUGCAGAUGACAGAGCCGGCACCUCACCGCACCGCCGCAAUGGUUCUAAUGCCGCCGCACGUGUGAUCCUGCAGGGCUGCGACGCGUCGGUGCUCCUUGUCGACGCCGGAGGCGAGCAGACUGCCCGGGCGAACAGAAACCUUCAAGCCUUGGACGUCAUCGAGGCCAUCAAGUCCGCCGUCGAGGCGUCGUGCAACGGCACCGUGUCGUGCGCCGACGUCCUGGCCCUCGCCACCAGGGACGGCGUCGUCCUGGUGAGCUCUUCCCCUCGAAAUCGUUGGGAUCCUCCCGUUAAUGUUCUGUCGAACGAAUCAACUAUCUAACCAGCGGAGGCUGCCUCCAUGCAGAGCGGAGGACCCUCGUGGACGGUGCUGCUAGGGCGGCAGGACGCUACGACGGCCAGCGAAGAAGAAGCCAACCGCAACCUCCCCGGUCCAUCGUCCAGCCUCUCUUUUCUCAUCAACUUGUUUGCAGGAAAGGGCCUGAAUUUGCAGGAACUCGUGGCCCUCUCCGGCGCGCACACCGUCGGGUUCGCCCCCUGCCGCGCCUUCCGAACCCAUAUCUACAACGAGUCCAACAUUGACACCGAGUUCGCCAUAUCCGCUCGGGCCAAUUGCCCCUUUGAGGGCGGCGACGACAUCCUCUCGCCGUUAGACGUCACCACCCGAGCUGUCUUCGACAACGCCUACUACACAAACCUCGUGUCCUUGCGGGGUCUCUUCCACUCCGACCAGGAGCUCUUCAAUAACGGCCCCGCGGAUUCCAUCGUCCAAAGCUACGUGGCCAGCGGCUCCGUCUUCUUCAGAGACUUCGCGGCAGCGAUGGUAAAGUUGGGCAACAUCAGCCCUCCCGCCGGCUCCAGCGUGGAGAUCAGGCGGGUCUGCAGCAGGGUAAACUGA